UUCAAAACCGUCGCAACUGCAGAAAUUCAAAUUCAAAAACCCUAAACCAGGCACCAAUCAGCCCCACCUCACAGGAAGCCAGCAAUGGACCGAGGUGGAGGGCCGGCGUCGAGUGGAUCGAAGCCCUCGUUGUUCUCAGUGUAUCAGAAUCCGGCUCUCUCCGCCGCCCUCACCUCCAACAGCCUCCGCCCCUCCGCCUCCACUCUCCUCUUCAUCCUUUCCAUCUUCUCAGCCGCCGGCCUUACGCUGAUCUUUUCCCUUUCCAGGGAAAAUGCAGUUGCUACUGAUCUGGGACUCGGAUUUGUCUCUCAAGAUGUUGCUCGUAUAUUUUCCAAAGUAGUACCAGCACUGGCAACCAUGAUUCUACUUGGAACUUUGCUUGCUUUCUUCAGGGCAUUCUCACAGUGGCGAGCAAGAAAUUCUACAGAUGUGGCAAUUAUAUCCCUUUCCAAAGGCACUAAGGAGGUGACACGCCUCAGCAAACGACAGCUAGGCCUUCUCGGACUAAGUCCGAAACUCGAACUGGAUUCUGAAGAGCCUUCAAAGAAACCUCCCAAAUCCAAAAUCAGCUCACCUUCACAGUCAGACUUGCUAGUCCCUCUUCAUCCAUCUGUAACAGGUUCUGAUCACUUAUCUAGACCGAGUGGCGGGAGAUCGAGUGCCAGUAGCGGAAGCAAGAUGCAUACCUUCAGCACACCUUCAGGAUCACCAGCUUCUCCUUCUAUGUAUCUUGUCCCUGCGCCUUCCAUGCGGUCCCCUGUCCCGCUACAGUCCUUGCAGUCUUCACCUGGUACGGAUCAGCCGGUUUCCACCCCAUGGUCGAAAAAACGGCCCCCCUUUCACAAGGAGAUAGCUACAGAGGAGGAUCUCAAAAGAUUCUUGGCGGACGUUGAUGAGAAAAUAUCCGAGACAAUAAGUAAAUUGGGGACUCCACCUCCCACUGUGAAUGGAUUUGGUAUGACCAGUCCAAACACCAUGAUAAGCUCGGUUAAUACUUCUGGAGCCACGAGAAGCACGCCUCUGAGGCCGGUAAGGAUGUCCCCUGGUUCCCAAAAGUUCACGACCCCUCCGAAGAAAGGGGAAUUGGAUCUACCCCCUCCAAUGUCAAUAGAAGAGUCAAUUGAGGCUUUCGAGAAGUUGGGAGUGUACCCGCAUAUCGAGCAAUGGCGUGAUCGGUUGAGGCAGUGGUUUUCUUCUGUUGUACUCAAUCCUCUUCUUACAAAAAUCGAAACGAGCCACCUGAAGGUUAUUGAAGCAGCUGCUAAACUUAACAUUUCGAUUACCCUCAGUCAAGUUGGAAGUGAUACCCCAACUACACCUACUGCUAAUGUAUCUCAAAUGGAGCGAACUAACGAGUGGAAGCCAUCAUUUGCAGUUGACGAAGAUGGACUUCUUCAUCAGCUUCGUGCUACUCUCGUUCAAGUUCUUGAUGCUUCAAAAUUACCUUCUAGCAACAUCCAGCAAGCUGCAUCAAUUCCUGUUCUACAAGAGGCUGUUGAUGCCAUUGUGGAGCAUCAGAGGCUCCAUGCUUUGAUAAAAGGAGAGUGGGCUAAGGGGUUGCUUCCUCAAAGUAGUGUCCGAGCAGAUUAUACUGUACAAAGGAUUCGUAAGCUUGCGGAAGGAACGUGUGUGAAGAACUACGAGUAUCUGGGAAAUGGCGAAGUCUAUGACAAAGUGAAUAAGAAAUGGAGUCUUGAGCUCCCCAGUGAUUCUCAUCUUCUUCUCUAUCUGUUUUGUGCUUUCAUGGAGUAUCCCAAAUGGAUGUUGCAUGUCGAUCCUUCAACUUAUACCAGGGCACAUGGUAGCAAGAACCCUUUGUUUUUGGGGGCCCUCCCGCCUAAAGAAAGCUUCCCUGAGAAGUAUAUAGCCGUUAUAUCCGGUGUUCCCUCUGUUCUGCAUCCUGGGGCUUGUAUUCUAGCUGUUGGGAAGCAAUCUCCUCCAGUAUUUGCUUUAUACUGGGACAAAAAGCCUCAGUUUUCUUUCCAGGCAACUAACGAAGUUAUGUCAUUGCCUUUCUCGUUGCUCGUCUCUUUCACUGCUCGUGUUUUGCAGUAUGCAGAACUUCCUUUUCAUUCUUAA